CUGAUUGGAGUUUCUCACCGACAAAGAAUUAGAACACACCAGCUAAUUUUAUUUCCAUAAAAAAAAAAAAGAGAGACCAAAACCUCGAUUGAUCAUCGUGUCAAUGGUCGUGGUCCGCCACUUAGAAUUCUCGCUCCAAAUUUAACACCGACCCAGAUUCCCAUCUCCACCUUCAUCCCCGUUCUCCGAUCCCAAGCUCCCAUCUUUCCCUCUUCCCUCCCGCCAAAAAUCCCACCUUCAUCCCAGCAUGGACGAAUUCGGCGUUCUCACGGAGAGGUUCGGCCUCAAACCCCAAGGCAAAUCGGCUCCGAUGGCCGCCUCCAGAAGACCACCCCCCACCUCCACCAACCCCCAAACGACGUCCUCCUCCGAUUCCAAUUCCUACGCUUCAUUUCUCGACGACCAAAACGGCUUCUUUUCCCAAUCCUCCUCCUCCGGCUCCGGCGGAUUCAACGCCUUCGACGACUUCCUCACCGGAGCCACUAAAGUCUCCGACUUUGAUUUGAAUUCCGUGUUUUCGGCCUCGGGUUCCAAUACGGCGCCGUUUGGCGACGGCUUUGAUGUGUUUGGGAGCUCCGGCGGGGAGGUGAAGAGUAAUGCGAGGGAAGAUGACUUUUUCGGGUCGUUUGCGGCGGCGCCGAAACAGAGUGCUGCUCAGGGUAAUGAUCUGCUGGGUGAUUUGGGAGGAGUGAGGAGGAGAUUGCAGAGUAUGAACACUGGUAAUAGCAGUGGGAAUAGGAAGGGUGCGGCGGCGAGGAAUGUAGCUGUUUCUGAUGAUUUGUUACCUGGGUUUGGUGUUAGCACUGCUUCCAAGGAAAGUCGUACACCGCAAUCAACUGUUAAAUCCACUACAGCACACUUCAGUUCAACUAUGGACGAUCCCUUUCGGGUCUUUGAAUCAGUUUCAAGUUCAACGGCGGCAGAUUCCUUAGAUUAUCUUUCGGGACUGGAACAGUUUGGUAAGAUGAGUAAUUCUGGAGGUGCAAAACAGGGUGGUUCGUCAAAUAGUUCUACAAAUUUGAGAGCACCCCCAAAAGCAGCACAAGUUUCAAAGGAAAGGAGUCCUGGUGUUUCUUCUAUAGAUGAUCUUGAGAAUUUUGCCAGUGCUAGGGUGCCAAGUAGCGCUCCCAGAGUUAUUUCUCGUAACGAAGGGGUAAAAUCUUCAGCCACCAGAAAUGGUAAACCAAGUGGAUAUGAUCUAGAUUUCAUGUUCAGCCCCGGUUUUCGAUCCAGUAGUGUACCAAAGUCAAGGGUUAAAAAUGCGGACCCAUUGUUUGAUGCACCGACGGACAAUAGAGGAGGGCCUACGCCCCAGAAGACUUCUUCUAGGACCUCAGGUAGCAUGAAGAAGUCCCCUUCUGCAAGUGGUAUUUUUGAUGACCUCUUUUCGCUGGAUGGAGCUUCCCCAAUGGGUGCAGAAUUUGAGGAAGUUGAAGGUGAAAGUGAAGAAAGACGAAAAGCUAGAUUGGGACGAUACCAGAGAACAAAGGAGCGCGCGUUGCAAGCAGUGGCAGAUAUGAAUCAACGUGAUAUGCGUACUCAGCAGGAGCAGGAAGAGAGGCGUAGAAUCGCCGAGAUUAUGGAUGCUAAAAUAAAAGGAUGGGCUGCAGGGAAAGAAGGGAAUAUGCGUGCAUUGUUGUCUUCAUUACAAUCUGUUCUUUGGCCUGAUUGUGGAUGGGAGCCAGUUUCACUCACAGAUUUGAUCACUUCUGGUUCAGUUAAAAAAGUUUAUAGAAAGGCCACAUUGUGUGUUCAUCCAGAUAAGGUUCAACAGAAAGGAGCUAGUCUUCAACAAAAAUAUACUGCAGAGAAGGUUUUUGAUAUUCUUAAGGAAGCUUGGACCAAGUUCAACAAGGAGGAACUUUCAUAGUAUUUUGUGACAAAUUAUUCUUUGGAGCUUCCGUGUAACAUAAAUGAGGCUUCCCCAUUGGGAAGGAAGAUCCAUCCAUCGUUGUGUGAUAUAAAUACUGGUCUGAAGCUUUAGAGCGUCGUGUGAUGAAUUUUGCUUGUGUCUUUUUAGAAAUAAAAAAAGACUUCAUUUAUUUUUUCUGAAAAAUCAUCAGUAAGAAUACUAUUUUUGUUCAUGGCUCUGUAAAUUAUUGGUAGUUUUCACACGGAGAUUGUUUUUAGAGUGGAAACAGGGAGGCUCCUUAUACUGUAACCUGCUCCAGUAUUUUCUUCCCACCUUUGGCAUCUUCCCCCUCUCCUACUUUAUUUUGAUGAUCAUCGUCACGUUAUAUGUAUCUUGUUUCACUGCUGUACCGUUGAUGAAGCUGAAUCAAAACUUGGAACCUGUAUGUACGUUUGUAUGAUAAUUCUUUUGGAAUAGAAAAGUCUUUAUAGUUCAUAUUCUUUGAA